AACACUAGUGGGAAUCAGCAGCCAGUAAUCCUUACUGCUGUGGCUUUGCAAGAUCACAUACUACAAAAUCUCCAGCUGCAGCACCUCUCUUUUGUGGAUCCAUGUAAAGGAGUCAGCACCAUAAGAGGAACCAGACCUGUGAAUAAAAGGCAGAUAAAAGCUGUUGUAGAUACCGGAAUUAGGAGGAAACACACAGACAAAGUUACACUGAACGGGACAGAGAAGGAGUAUGUGCUUGACCCCGCUGGACCACCAUUAACUUUGGCUCAGAGACUCGGCAUUGUAGAGGCUCCAGCAAAACCAUUAACUGACGAUGAAUGGAAGAAAGCAAAGCAAAGAUCUGUUGAGCAGGGUGACUCUUUACAACCUUGUGCCAUAUGUAAAGAAGAGUUUGAAAUACACCCACAGGUGCUGCUUUCCUGCUCCCAUGUAUUUCACAGGGUAUGUUUGGAAGCCUAUGAGAGGUUUGCUGGCAGGAAGGUGUGUCCAAUGUGCAGAAAGAAUCACUAUCAGACAAGAGUGAUACAUGAUGGAGCUCAACUAUUCAGAGCAAAAUGUGUUACCAGGAUUCAAGCAUGCUGGAGGGGAUACGUAGUGAGAAAAUGGUACAAAAAGUUACGCCAAACAACACCUCCUAAAGAUCCUGAAUUGCGGAAGAAGUUCUUUGAAAAGAAGUUUACAGAAAUAUCUGACCGCUUGUUAAGAUCCUGCAGCACAGACAUUGAUGUGCUGUUCAGCGAGAUUGACCUGUCAGUUGCUGCAAGUCGUAGUGUCUUCUGUCAGUUAGAAGAAAACUUCAACAGAAGCAUCAGUGAUGCAGACUGGGAGAGGAUACAAAUACAGGCUGUUCAUCAGGAAAUAUCCGACUGUCCAAUAUGUAUCACAGCAUUGAAUUACAAUGAAGACCAUAGAGGAAUGUCCUCAUCUCGACCCAUUGUCCUUCUGUCCUGCUCACAUGUUUUUCAUCAUGCUUGUCUUCAGGCCUUUGAGGACUUCUCAGCUGGAAAAUGCCCCUUCUGUCCUUUGUGCCGAUCUCCAUACAAAAAGAAAAUAUUUUAA